AGCUCCUGUUGAUCACUUUCAUCGGUGGGAUCAGUACUAACAUCAUGAGAUAUCACAAUGAGUUCGAGACAUAAUGAUGCAUCAUGUGUAAAAAAGUGCACCGAACCGAUCCUAAUUUGUCUUAUCUACGCGUUAGCUAUUCCAAUACUGGCUUUCGCGAUCACUGCCAAUAAGCUGCCUUCACAGCCAGAAGUGAGGUAUCUGCUGCAUAGAAUCGAUCAUGGAGAGUUAUUUCUUCAAGGGUUUAAAAUGGUCAGGGGAGUAGUAUGUGCCAUACAAGAACAAAGGACCAACGACAGCUCAGCGCUAAUGGCAUCUUUUUUGUAGGGCUGGAGUUUAUUCGGCUUGGCAGUGAUUAUGUUCGCCUCGUUCGCGGUGAAGGAAUGGCACAUAGUGCUUAUCGGGGUGAUCAAACUAGCUCUAAGUGCUAUACUUGUAGCCGGGAUAGCAAUGCAGUCAAAGGUUCUCCCGGGCACUUUUUCUGGCUGCAGGAGUACAGCUACAAGCUGGCAUGAAGCCUUGCCCUUGGACAUGAGAGAUUCCAGAACAGCGACUGAAGCCUCGCUGCAUUCCGCCUGCAAAACAAUGGUCGAGCAUUGGGCCUUUGCGAUUGCCAUUGUGGUCUUGUACCUUUUCUAUUCCCUGGUCAUAAUCCUCUAUGGUGCCCGAGGAAUCAUGUAUCCUCGUCCACCUCGCUAUUCCCGGCCUAAACCUAUCAAACCCGAAGCCAACGUUCAAGCGGGAAUCUACUUCGCUGUAAGGUACAUGUCGAAGUUCUUCCAGCGGCUCCGAUCCAGAUCUGGAAAGCCACCCGUGCAGGCUGUGACACGACGGGGCAACAGGAAGAACCAUCGCUCGAACAUUUGGACCAGUACUAACCGCGGGGAGAAACUUCCUUGUCAUCACCGGCGAGUUUUGCCUUCUAAAGUGCUCCUUAAUAUCGCUUCGCACGUUCAUUAUGUUGAUAUCGUUAACCUGCAUACCGCGUACGGCAAUCUAUUCCGAGAUUAUAUCGGAAACGAAGAUGAAGAGUCCAAAGUCGAAGAGCUUCGAAUAUACACCUGCACCACAGAGGGGAUCAAAGAGGAGUGUCGAGUCUGCCGAACCCAAAUUUGCAAGUCAUGUUGCACAUCUGUGCCUAUACCGCAAACAAUACCUCUCGAGCACUUAGAAACAUGCAAGCUCUACUGCUCUACAUGCUUCUACAGAGACUAUAAUCUAAAAGCGUCUAGCUCAUGUUGGUUGAACGCUACUAAGGAAGGAGGAACUUCCACGUAUCGGAAGGUCUGUCGAGACUGUGCGGCCAUGACCGAUGCUGAAAUAUGCCGGAUAGUGGAACUGCAGGAUCAAGUGGAGAUGUACAAAUUCUCGAAGUAUUCAUUAUUUUGCGCGGAGUGUAAGAACCAGUUGCCACCGUCGGGUCCGCGUUGGUGGGUUUGUUCUUGUGGAAGGGAGUGUCGGCAUCAUGUUCAUCCCCCAUGGGGCCUAGGAAGCAAUAUCUAGAAUAUACAGGGGGUUUAUGUUAUUGGAUAGAUACUAUAUGCUAGCAGUUCCGCAGUCAGACAACAGAUGUCUAUAAUGGUAAAGAUUUUAUAUGGUUUAUGAUCAAAGGAUUGUGCAGAUUAGCCCUG